AUGGUUCCCCAGUGGGGUGAUGAGAAGGGCAUAAUACGAUGGUUUGAGCUGAGUGACAGAAUGCGACAGUCGCUGUUCCUGAGAGUGAUUGAUAAGAUCUGUCAGCAGGGCAACUUCCAGUAUAAAUUUUUCAAAUACGUCACCAGUAUCCUUCUCAUACAGAGUUUGCAGACCUGCCACUACAGAGGGGGGCGUGUCCAGCUACUGCCCAAUAAGGGAAUGCUAAUCAAGCACCGUACAGUGACGUGUGGCAUCACUAAGGGGGUGAAGGAGGACUUCCGUCUGGCCGUGGAGAAACAGGUGUCACUGCACGGAGAACCUGCACACUGUCCUCCACCGCUUCAUUGUAUCAAUGAGAAGAUCAUCAUCAUCCAGUCCCUGCCCUGA